UUUACGUAAAGGAAGAUGCGCGGUUACGUCAGCGCCAGCUUGACAAGCAUGAGGCGCAUACUCAGUACGAAUUUACUGAGGCAUGUUGGUAUAUUUGUUAGAAAUCCUCCGUUCAGUGCCCUUUCGACAGUGGGUCAACCACGCGUUUUUGCAUUGAAUUUCUACCGGAAAUCAAGGACUUACUGUACAAGCAUGGACCUGAGUAACAUGAGGAAGAAAUACAAAGGAGAUGAGGAGUGCUUUGAGGAGAGUCAGCUUGUGUCUCUAGACCCAAUCAAACAAUUUGGAAACUGGUUUGAUGAAGCCACAAAGUGCCCUGAAAUUGGAGAGGCAAAUGCCAUGUGCAUUGCCACUGCUACCAAAGAUGGACGUCCAUCUGCUCGUAUGGUCCUCCUGAAGGGUUACAGCAACGAAGGUUUUCGUUUCUUUUCCAACUACGAGAGCAGAAAAGGUUCUGAACUGGAAACCAAUCCUUAUGCAUGUCUGGUCUUCUACUGGGAACCUCUUAACAGACAGAUUCGCAUUGAGGGCUCUGUGGAGCGAAUUCCCUUCCAGAGCUCCAGUGACUACUUCCACUCCCGACCGAAGAGCAGCCAGAUUGGGGCUGUCGUGAGCCGACAAAGCACACCGGUUCCUAACAGAGACUAUCUAAGGCAGAAAAAUGCAGAACUGGAGGAGAAGUACAAGGACACAGACGUGCCUAUGCCUGACUACUGGGGCGGCUACAUCGUCAAGCCUUACCUGAUCGAGUUCUGGCAGGGUCAGACCAACAGACUUCACGACCGCAUCGUCUUCACUAAGCUGAAAGACGGAGAGUCUGAGCUGGCAGAGUUUCAACACGCUGCAGAGGGAGGCUGGGUGUACCAGAGGCUGGCCCCGUGAGAAGCACCUCGACAGACAUUUAAUCUAGGAUUUGUCCUCAUCAUUGAUAGAAAAUCACCUCACUUUAAGUAAUUUCUCAUCUGUAUCUACUGAUGGAAACUAGUUGAUUAAAUAGGUGUGUGUGGGAUGUAUCAACAAGCCAAACGUCGUCGUGUUGUCUCUGAACCUAACCAUGAAAAGUUCUGGGUGUGUGAACAUCAUGUCACACAGUUUCUUCAGUGGCAACAAUGGAUGUGACAGAACUUCACAUUACUGUACAGCUUUACAUUUUGUCAUGCAUUAUGAAAUGAGAAAACACUGUGUGGUGUACAAAAGUUAUACUGACCAACACGGGAGAGCAAACUCCCCCUGGUCUAGUCAAAUAAUGAUUGACCGUUAAGUUGGUUAUUCAGCAGUGUUGUUAUGCCUUAGGUCUUGAAAAGCACAAUCUGUGCCACUGACUGCUUGUCAUCAGUGCGUAGUAGCGGAGACACAAUUGUUCUCCAUUUUCAAUGUUGAAGUAAUUGGUAACAUUUGAUUUUACACAUCUGUAAUUUCCUUAUGAGUCCCAAGAAAGUUUACUAGAACUAUAGUAUGUCAUUUUGUACAAAUAUUAGGAGAAAUAGAGAAAAAUUCUGAGACAGUUCGCUUGAUUGUGCUGAAUUUUAUUUUUAAAAAUGAGGGGGAUUGAAACCAAAAUAAAUACUCCAGGUGGCCUAAUUAUUACAGUAGGUACAUCAAAGCAAUCAAAAUAAUAUCUAGGUUAUGUUAGCAAUUGUUUAGAAUUAAUAAUUGGAUAUGUAUUGAACAAUAGGACCUAUAAAUACUGUGUAAAUUAUCACCAUGGCCCUCUACAGUUGGAUGUCAUUGUGGAUUGAUUUUAGCAGCGUUAAACUGUCUAACUGCCUUUUAAUAAUGAGAUUAAAAGAGCUGACGAUUGGAAUUGUGCCAACUAUUGUGUGUAUUAUGUAUUUCUUUUGCUAUUUUUGAAUGAGUUUGCUGUUUAUUGUUUACUGAAGUUUAAGAAUGUUAUUUUAUUGAUUUAACUUAACUGUGGAAUAGACGCAUUAAUAAAAUUUAAUUUGUAA